GGCACGAGGCGCUCCCUGGGAUCACAUGGUACCUGCUCCAGUGCCGCGUGCGGCCCGGGAACCCUGGGCUGCUGGCGCCUGCGCAGAGCCCUCUGUCCCAGGGAAAGGCUCGGGCAAAAGGCGGCUGAGAUUGGCAGAGUGAAAUAUUACUGCCGAGGGAACGUAGCAGGGCACACGUCUCGCCUCUUUGCGCCUCGGUGCCCCGUUUCUCCCCCAUCAGCUGCUUACUUCCUGGUUGUAACCUCUCUCCCUCUGGGACUUUUGCAUUGGGAGCUCCAGAUUCGCUACCCUGCAGCGCUGCGGAGCCGUCGGGCAGUGGCAACCAGUGCACUGCAGAGACCCGACUCUUCUUGCUACCUUCUAGCCAGAACUACUGCAGGCUGAUUUUCCCACACACACUGUCUCUGCUCUUCUCAUGCAAAGCAGAACUCCGCUGCCUCAACGCCCUACUCUUCUGGAGGGCUGCAGUCCGGCCACCCCAAGAUCUUGCCGGUCCACCCCCCCGCCCUCAGCCAGUGCCCGGGGGGAGACAACGGCAAUUGCAACCUCUAGUUUGUGUCAAGGUCCAGUUUGAAUGACAGCUGUCAGCUGGUGAAGACAUGACGACCCUGGAUUCCAACAACAACACAGGUGGUGUCAUUACCUAUAUUGGCUCCAGUGGCUCCUCCCCAAGCCGUACCAGCCCUGAGUCCCUCUACAGCGACAGCUCCAAUGGCAGCUUCCAGUCCCUGACCCAAGGCUGCCCCACCUACUUCCCACCAUCACCCACUGGCUCCCUUACCCAAGACCCAGCUCGCACCUUUGGGAGCAUUCCACCCAGCCUGAAUGAUGAUGGCUCCCCUUCUUCUUCUUCAUCUUCAUCAUCAUCCUCUUCCUCCUUCUAUAAUGGGAGCCCCCCAGGGAGUUUACAAGUAGCUGUGGAGGACAGCAGCCGAGUGUCUCCCAGCAAGAGCACCAGCAAUAUCACCAAGCUGAAUGGCAUGGUGCUACUGUGUAAAGUGUGUGGGGACGUUGCUUCAGGCUUCCACUAUGGUGUGCACGCCUGUGAGGGCUGCAAGGGCUUUUUCCGUCGGAGCAUCCAGCAGAACAUCCAGUACAAAAGGUGUCUGAAAAAUGAGAACUGCUCCAUCGUCCGCAUCAAUCGCAACCGCUGCCAGCAGUGUCGCUUCAAGAAGUGUCUCUCCGUGGGCAUGUCACGAGAUGCUGUGCGUUUUGGGCGCAUCCCCAAACGAGAGAAGCAGCGGAUGCUUGCUGAGAUGCAGAGUGCCAUGAACCUGGCCAACAACCAGCUGAGCAGCCAAUGCCCGCUGGAGACCUCACCCACCCAGCAUCCCACUCCAGGCUCCUUGGGCCCCUCACCACCUCCAGCAACGGUGCCCUCACCUAUGGUGGGGUUCUCCCAAUUCCCACAACAGCUGACGCCUCCCAGAUCUCCAAGCCCUGAGCCUACAGUGGAGGAUGUGAUAUCCCAGGUGGCCCGGGCCCAUCGAGAGAUCUUCACCUAUGCCCAUGACAAGCUGGGCACCUCACCUGGCAACUUCAAUGCCAACCAUGCAUCGGGUAGCCCUCCAACCACCACCCCACAUCGCUGGGAAAGUCAGGGUUGCCCACCUGCCCCCAAUGAUAACAACUCUUUGGCUGCCCAGCGACAUAAUGAGGCCCUAAAUGGUCUACGCAAGGCCCCCUCAUCCUAUCCUCCCACCUGGCCCCCUGGCCCUGGCCACCACAGCUGCCACCAGUCCAACAGCAAUGGGCACCGUCUGUGCCCCACCCACGUGUAUGCAGCCCCAGAAGGCGAGGCACCUGCCAAUAGUCCACGGCAGGGCAACUCCAAGAAUGUUCUGCUGGCAUGUCCCAUGAACAUGUACCCCCAUGGACGCAGUGGGCGAACUGUGCAAGAAAUUUGGGAGGAUUUCUCCAUGAGCUUCACGCCCGCUGUGCGGGAGGUAGUAGAGUUUGCCAAACACAUCCCUGGCUUCCGCGACCUUUCUCAGCAUGACCAAGUCACCUUGCUUAAGGCUGGCACCUUUGAGGUGCUGAUGGUGCGCUUUGCAUCAUUGUUCAACGUGAAGGACCAGACAGUGAUGUUCCUGAGCCGCACCACCUACAGUUUGCAGGAGCUCGGUGCCAUGGGCAUGGGAGACCUGCUCAAUGCCAUGUUUGACUUCAGCGAGAAGCUCAACUCCCUGGCGCUUACCGAGGAAGAGCUGGGCCUCUUCACCGCGGUGGUGCUUGUCUCUGCAGACCGCUCGGGAAUGGAGAAUUCCGCUUCGGUGGAGCAGCUCCAGGAGACGCUGCUGCGGGCUCUUCGGGCUCUGGUGCUGAAGAACCGGCCCUCGGAGACUUCCCGCUUCACCAAGCUGCUGCUCAAGCUGCCGGACCUGCGGACCCUGAACAACAUGCAUUCCGAGAAGCUGCUGUCCUUCCGGGUGGACGCCCAGUGACCCGCCCGGCCGGCCUUCUGCCGCUGCCCCCUUGUACAGAAUCGAACUCUGCACUUCUCUCUCCUUUACGAGACGAAAAGGAAAAGCAAACCAGAAUCUUAUUUAUAUUGUUAUAAAAUAUUCCAAGAUGAGCCUCUGGCCCCCUGAGCCUUCUUGUAAAUACCUGCCUCCCUCCCCCAUCACUGAACUUCCCAUCCUCCCCUAUUUAAACCACUCUCUCUCUCCCACUCUCCUCUAGCCCCCUGAUUUGUUCUGUUCCUGUCUCAAAUCCAAUAGUUCACAGCUGA